UCACGGUCCUUAUGAUUGGAUUGCUCUUACAGCGGCAGGCCGCCCCCUUGUUUGAUUUUGGGUUUUUCCGUUGAGACCCGCCCGCAGGCGUUGAACUUGUAGCAACGAAAGUGCUCGCUCGGCUAGUCGUCUCUGGCGGGCUGGUUCCAGCCACCUCGAGGAGGAACUGGCAAGUGGUGGGGAGGAGCACCAUGACUUUCUCUCCCAGAACACCCCCUGUCUCCAAAAGGUCAGCCACCUGCCGCAACUCUCCCAAAAUGGCUGCUUCCCUAUCUCCUAAGCAAGAUGAUUCUACACCUCUUCCUUCAAUCAACGAACGCCUGGCCUACCUUCGCCCCUCCCGGGAACUGCUGGAAUAUUACCGAAAGAAGAUUGCAGAUUUUGAUGAAGAGCAUGAGGAGCUGGUUAAGAGGUUGGAGAGAUACAAAGCAACAUAUGACGAGCAGCACAAAUUGCAAUGGGAAAUGCGUCAGCGAGAGGAAGAAAUUGCAGAGCUGCAGAAGGCUUUGAGCGACAUGCAAGUUUACCUCUUCCAGGAGAGGGAGCAUGUACUGCGCCUCUAUGCUGAGAAUGACCGGCUGAAAAUCAGGGAGUUGGAGGACAGAAAGAAGAUUCAGCAUCUCCUGGCUUUGGUGGGAACAGACAAUGGCGAAAUUACCUAUUUUCACAAGGAACCACCUCACAAGGUUACUGUACCUCAAAGGGCAACCAAGACCAGUGUUCCACAUGCACAAAGCGAGAACCAGGCUCUGAAAACAGGUAUUUCUGCCUCAAAGCCAGCAGCAAAAGGAGAGAAACCAGAGAGUGGCGAGCGAUACCAGAAAGAUGCUCAAACACUUUUAAUACAGGUGGAAGCACUUCAGGCUCAACUAGAAGAGCAGACCCGGCUGUCUAAGGAACAGCUUGAGGCACUGCUAGAGGACAGGCGAAUCCGUAUAGAAGAAGCUCAGGUUCAACAUCAGAGGGAUCAGGACAAGAUCAAAGACCUUACUGAAAAAUACAACAAAGCUCAAAACUUGCUGUAUGAGAGCACCAAAGAUUUUCUCCAGCUGAAGUUUGAUGCACGGGCAAAUGAGAAAUCCUGGAUGAUGGAGAAGGAUUGUUUGCUGAGGAAGCUGGACAAAUGCAAAGAUGCAGCCAAACGAGACAGGGGUUGGCAGGGCAGCAGUCCAGGUUGGCGGGACAGCAGUAGAAGUCAGGGGCAGGGAAACAUCAGUCAGCAGGAAAGUGGGCAAGACCCGUGGGACAGCAGCCCCGACCAAUGGGACAACAGCCCCUGUCAACAUAGUUUACGAAGAGCAGCUCUUGGCAAGAAAAGAGAUGGUCACGCAAAGCGGAAUGAAGCUGAUGCUACUGGCAGGAAACAGGAUGGUCACACAAGGAAGGAUGAGAUUGAUGCUGAUGGUAGGAAACGAGAUGGUCACACAAAAAGGAAUGAAAUUGAUGCUGUUGGCAGGAAACGAGAUGGUCACACAAAGAGGAGUGAAAUUGAUGCUGUUGGCAGGAAACGGGACCAUCAUGUGAAGAGGGACGAGAGAGACGCCAAGCACAUUUCCCGAGCAGAUCGUGAAUUGUGUAAAGCACAGAGUGUAGAAAUUAAGGGGCUGCAGGACCAGUUAACACAGGAGCAGAAGUUAGCAGACAUGUACCGAGAACAGUGUAUUUCCUUGGAAGAGGAGCUGGCUAAGAUUCGGGAGGAAGGAGAUGUGGGGCGUGUGAUCUUCAAGGAACGCUCAGAAAAGAUGGGGAAGCGCCUGCAGUUGAUGACCCAGCGCUAUGAGGCCCUCGAAAAACGGCGUGCCAUGGAAGUGGAAGGCUUUAAGACUGACAUUAAACAACUUCGGCAAAGGCUGAAGGAUGUAGAGAGGCAACUCUUCAAGGUGACAAUGACUGUUGGUCCAGACCAAGACCUUGCAAUUCUGCAUGAAGUUCGGCAGGGCAAUAAGAGAACUAAGAAAAUUCAAGGGGAAUUGAGAAACUUAAAGACCAAAAUCUACGGCAUGGAAAAUGAGCUGCGAGUCUGUUGAUGAAGAUGUACCAACUGGCACCAGUAGUGUAGAAGAGCGCCAUGAUUGCAUCGGCUUUCUCACAUAUCCAUUUUGUGACUAAUCAUUGCAGUUGUCUGUGCCUCAGGGAUACAGUCCUGUACUCCAGGAGUCCAUGCAGACUAGUGUGAAACUUGGAGGGGAAACACACACACUCUCUUUCUCUCUCUCUCUCUCUCUCCAAAUAACAUGCUCAACUUUGGAUUCCUCUUCCAGUGAUGUCAACUUAGGCACCAACUGGACCAGAGUCAUCUGGUAUUUUAUUAUCUCCUUCCCACAAAACAUACCUGCAGCCUGCUGAAAGUCUGAGAAUGGUGCUCUGGUAGCAGUCACCAGAAAACAGCCAAAGCAGGUUGUGAACCCUCUACAUGUCUCUCGGAAAUUACUAUAUACGAAAGGAAUGAUGGCAGUUUGUAUGAAGAGAAGCUCCUAUACUGUGCCAUAGAGAUGCAUUUUCUAAUUCAGAAGCCAGCCUCUCCAACAAAUUGCUAAUCUGAGCUUUUUUAAAAAAAGACUUGUAGUCUGACCCAAACCAUUUUACUUGGAAGCACCUCUCAUUGAUUUCAAUGGGUUUUACUUCCAUGGAGGUAACUUCAGGAUUGUAGCCCUAAAUACUCCUUGUCCCAGGGGUUCCCAAUGUUGGACUAUAACUCCCAUCACCCACAGCCACAAUGGAUGAUGGGAGUUGUAGUCCAACAACAUCUGGGGCCCCAAGAUAGGGAAUUCCUGUCCUGAGUAAUAGAGUAUUGGCUCAGGCUACAAUCCUGUGCUCACUUAUCUGGUAGCAAGCCCCAUUGAACACAAUGGUUCAUUUCCAAAUUAAAUGUGCAUGGGAUCUGACUCCACAACUACUGCUUCUUUCUUGGGUCCCUCUCAGGUUCUGUUGGGGGUAAUACUUUUGUUACAGAAUUCCUUCUGUUAAGAGAUAUCAAGCAACUAUCAUUUGUCCAAUACUAUAAUAUUAAGGGCCAGUUCUCAUGAUCCCGAUAUCAUAGUUCUGCUGCCAAAUAUUGGGCAGCAGAGGAAGAGGGAGGCACAUGCAUUCCCAAUUCCAGUUGUCUGCACACUGGAAAUGACCAGGAAGUUAUUGUGUGUGUGAGGAUUCAGUUGUGAUUGUUUGGCACAGGCAACCAGCAUCCACAAUCCUAACUUUGAGGUAGGGUGGCUGGUAUCAGUUACUGUGCCACUGACAUUUUUUCUUGGUAUUUUCCAUGGUUUCUGCCAGUAAGCAUCCUUAAUGCAGAUAACAUACUGAUCAAAAGCCAGUGAUUAACUUGUCACUUCUAUGCAGAAGACACUUCUGUAUAGAGAAAAGCAGUGUGUCAAAUGUUGGAUGAAAUAAUAGCGUCAUAACUUCUUUUACUGCAGGUACACACUCUUAAGGUGUGGCUGAUCAGGGCUUCCCUCUGCAGGUACAUACUGUGAGACAGACACAUGUGGAAUUACCACCCAAGAUUAUCUGUGUGCUUUUUUUCAUGCUCUUUUCUUAUAAAGAAGUGACUUCCAUGUAAGAAACUUGUAUUGUUUUUAAGCCUUUAUUUCCAUCGGAAGUCCUCUCUCUCUUGGAAUAGAUAGCUAACCUAUUCAUGAUGCUUGUCCAGCUUUUACCAUACUUUGAUAGUCUCGCCACAGUGCUGCCAGACCUUAAGCACAAACCUCUACUACAGAGUUACAGCUAAAAUCACUGCAGUUUGUAAGCCUGUUCGUGACUUGUUUCCAUCAUUUAACGAAGAGCCAGUGUUUACAGUAAGCAGAGGCUGAGAAUGCCUAGCAGCAAGCCAGGUAACUGGAUUUUGUUAUUGCCCCUAGCAGUCUGACUAGGUAAAAAGGACUGAUGUAGAUGAGAUUGAAGGACUUGUUUGCACUACAAAUAUAAAUGUGAUGAGCUGCAUGAUAAUUGGCUGUUUCGGCAACAUGAUAAUAUCCAGUCUAUAUUCCUGCCUGGUCCAAACUGGGUUGUAACUAGACUAAAACAUAUUUAUUGAGUUGACACACAAUAACACCUUGAGUUUCUGACUCAUUACCCUUCCCAAUGUAUCUGCUAUAGGGGCAAAACACUUUUAUCGUGUUUGAAAGAAGUAUUUUUGGGUACUUUUGCCUUCUAUCUGUUAAUUUCUUUAAAAUCAGGUUUUAUAUAAUUAAAAUUGGAAUUGAAAUUCUUCUCAUUAAAAUGGUAGUGUCUUGUGGUACCUUUAAA